AUGGUCCAAAUCAGCGAGGUUAAGGGAAACAGUCGCGAGAACCGCACGGCUGCCCACACCCACAUCAAGGGACUGGGAUUGAAGCAGGAUGGCACAGCAGAGAAGCAAGCCGCUGGCUUCGUCGGCCAGUCGACGGCAAGAGAGGCAGCUGGUGUUGUAGUUGACCUUAUCAAAGCACACAAGAUGGCCGGCCGCGGCGUUCUGCUGGCUGGUGGACCCGGUACAGGAAAGACGGCUCUCGCUCUCGCCGUCAGUCAAGAACUCGGAACCAAGAUCCCCUUCUGCCCGAUUGUCGGCAGCGAAAUUUACUCGACAGAGGUGAAGAAGACGGAGAUGUUGAUGGAGAACUUCCGCCGGGCCAUCGGCUUGAAGGUUCGGGAAACGAAGGAAGUGUAUGAAGGCGAGGUUACGGAGCUUACGCCUGAAGAAGCCGAGAACCCUCUGGGCGGAUACGGCAAAACCAUCAGCACACUUCUGAUCGGCCUGAAGAGCGCAAAGGGACAGAAGAAAUUGCGCCUGGAUCCCAGCAUAUACGAGGCCAUCCAGAAGGAAAGGGUUUCAGUGGGAGAUGUCGUCUACAUCGAGGCGAACACGGGCGCUUGCAAGCGCGUGGGAAGAUCAGAUGCCUAUGCGACCGAGUUCGACCUCGAGGCCGAAGAAUACGUCCCCAUUCCCAAGGGCGAGGUGCACAAGAAGAAGGAAAUCGUGCAGGAUGUGACGCUACACGACCUCGAUGUUGCCAACGCGCGGCCCCAGGGUGGUCAAGACAUCAUGAGCAUGAUGGGCCAGCUGAUGAAGCCCAAGAUGACUGAGAUCACGGACAAGCUGCGCGGAGAGAUCAACAAGGUGGUGAGCAAGUACAUUGAUCAGGGUGUUGCGGAGCUCGUGCCGGGUGUGCUCUUCAUCGACGAGGCACACAUGCUCGAUGUCGAGUGUUUCACGUACCUGAACCGGGCUCUGGAGUCUCCCAUUGCCCCGAUUGUCAUUCUGGCAUCAAACAGAGGAAUGGCCACGCUUCGCGGCACGGAUGAUAUUGUCGCGGCGCACGGCAUUCCGGCAGACUUCUUGACUCGCAUGCUCAUCAUUCCAACCACGCCGUACCAGGCCGAUGAGAUCAAGCGUAUUGUUCGCAUCAGGGCCACCACCGAGGGUGUGCCUAUUACCGACGCUGCCCUGGACAAGAUCGCGGAGCACGGCGUCCGCAUCAGCUUGCGGUACUGCCUGCAGCUGUUGACACCCGCCAGCAUUCUUUCCAAGGCAAACGGCCGCAGCCAAAUCGACGUCCAGGACGUGGCCGAGUGCGAAGACCUCUUUUUGGAUUCGCGGCGCAGCGCCAGUCUCUUGAGCAGCGAAAGCGGCAAAGGAUACAUUUCGUGA